AUGGAAAGUCCCAGGACAACGAGUUCACAAACCGGGUGGAAACUCCUGAGGGACUCACUUCUUCUUUGCCUCUUUGCCGGGCAUGGAGAGGCUCAGUGUGAUGGUUGCCUUGAGUAUUGCUGUGAUGGUGUACCUCCUUUCUGCUGCUCAUACUACGCCUACGUGGGGGAUGUUCUGUCAGGAACGGCGAUUUCAGGAAUUGUGUUUGGUGUCGUCUUCCUGAUGGGGGCAGUGGCAGCUGUAUUCUUGUGCAUCUGUAUGUGCGUGAAGAACGGGCGUGGUGCACGAGUGGGAAUCUUCAGCACAUCCUACAUUAACACAGUGACUCAAGGCUACCCAGGGCCUCCACCACCCUACAACUACGACUACGAGAUGUACCCAGCAGAUAUGAGGCCUCCUCCAUACACACCAACCCCACCCAGGAUGGCUAACUACUCCCCUCCUCCUCCAUAUCCAGGCUACAACCAAAAAUAA